CUCCAGAAUGGAGGCCCCCAAAAUGGCGGUGGCAUUCCAACCUUUCCACCACCGGCCGUUGCAGCUGCUGCACCAGCAGCUCCACCUCCACCACCGGUAGCUCCAGCUUCGCCAGCAGUUCCACUUCCAACACUGACAGCCCCAGCUGCACCAGCAGCUCCACCUCCACCACCGGUAGCUCCAGCUGUGCCAGCAGUUCCACUUCCACCACCGGCCGCUGCAGCUGCUGCACCAGCAGCUCCACCUCCACCCCCGGUAGCCCCAGCUUCGCCAGCAGUUCCACUUCCAACACUGACAGCCCCAGCUGCACCAGCAGCUAUACCUCCAACACCAGCAGGUGGUGGUGGCUGCAUUCCCAACCCUCCACCACCUGCCCCUGCAGCUGAACCUCCAACACCAGCAGGUGGUGAUGGCGGCAUUCCAAACCCUCCACCCCCUGCCCCUGCAGCUGAACCUCCAACACCGGCAACCCCAGCUGCACCAGCAGCUAUACCUCCAACACCAGCAGGUGGUGGUGGCGGCAUUCCAAACACUCCACCCCCUGCCCCUGCAGCUGAACUUCCAACACCGGCAACCCCAGCUGCACCAGAAGCUAUACUUCCAACGCCAGCAGGUGGUGGUGGCGGCAUUCCAAACCUUCCACCACCUGUUCCUGCAGCUGAACCUCCAACACCAGCAGCUAUACCUCCAACAGCAGCAGGUGGUGAUGGCGGCAUUCCAAACCCUCCACCACCUGUCCCUACAGCUGCACCUCCAAUACCGGCAGCUGCAGCUGCACCAGCAGCACGUGGAGGAAAUUGUGCUUGAGCAAAUCGAUCAGAUCUUGAAAAGAU